CGCGACUUGUUGCGGACAGGAGUAAGUAGGAAGUAUAUUCUAGGGACAACAUUUCAUGAGAUUGUAAAGUAGCAGUAAAUUUUCAUCAUGAAACACAAACGACAAAGUUCACUCUUGAGACCAACAACAACUAAAGAGGAUGUCCCAAUACUUUUCCAUGAGCCCCAUGUUGAGACUGGAUUCCGCCAUCCUCAUCAGCCAUGGAGCUAUUAUGUCUGCAGCAUGUUUCAAAAACACAAUGAGUGUAUGAAUGUUUGGACACACCUCAUUGGUUUACUGUUGACAAUUUCCAGGUGCUUGGAGUUUGCUAAUCAGUAUGACUUAAUUGGAGAUCCCCAUAUGUGGCCCCUUAGUGCUGGACUAAUAACAAUGAUAAUCAUGUAUCUCUGCAGUACAUGUGCACAUUGCUUUUCCAACAAAUCAGAGCAAGUCCAUUAUACUGGAUUUAUGAUAGAUUAUGCUGGCAUUGGUAUAUUUGGCUUUGGGAGCACUAUCAUGCAUUAUGCUUAUUGCAUCCAUGACACUAUGCUAAAUUCAGCUUUAAAGAUUUUAUCGAUUCCAGUUGGGGUAAUUUUAGCUGCAUUAGUGUGUCUAUGUUGCAGCAUUUCUAAGGUAUUCUACAAACGUCCAUAUCCAUUUACAAGGAAGAUCUGGCAAAUAGGUUCAGUGGGAAGCAUCUAUUUGUGGCUGUCCCUUCCAAUUUUACAUCGUUUGUUUUUGGAUAAGGAUGGCGAGGACGUAAGUCUCUAUCAUCACACAGCUCAGAUGGUUUGGUUUGCCUUGGCUGGCUUCUUCUUUGGUUCUGACAUUCCUCAACGAUUUUUCCCUGGAAAGUUCGACUUUGUUGGACAUAGCCAUCAGAUUUUCCACAUCUGUAUAAUUCUUGUCACCCAGAAGCAGCUUGAUGGAGUCCAUUUAGAUAUAGAAAAAUAUCACAGAACCCCAGCUUUUGUGGAUGAACCUACAUUUAUGGAAACGUUUGGGGCAGUUAUCAUUUUGUCAGUUGCAUGCAUCCUUAAUGUUUUGAUAUUUCAUAAUAUUGUGAAAUCAAGAUUAGCAAAAGAAAGUUUAAAACAAAAGUAAACACAGUAUGAUUAUUCAUUUUUGCCAGUUAUAUUGUUCAUGUGGUCAUUUUCUGAGCUGUAACUGAACAUGAAUCUUUCCUUCUAUAAAAAAAAAAUAAGUUAAUAACAAACUUUGUUAAAUAGAAUUAUAGACUUGCCGAUGAGGCUACUGAAUUAUGUGAUAGGAUAUACAUAAUCCAAAUUGUGAUAGUCAACAUUUAUAGAAUGAGGUCAUUGAACUGUUGUCCAUUAAGGUUAUUGUACCUGAAUGAGGGUCACUUACAACAUGCAUCCUGCUGUAGGAGCUAUCAUGUCAUUACAAGUUAAUCUGUUUAAAUCACCAUUUCUUGUCUUUUCUUCCUGAACUACUAGGAUAUUUGUACUUCAAAAUCAAAUUCUAUUUUUAGAAAUUAAUACCCUUGAAAUUUGUCCUAGCUUUACUUAGAAACAAUCAAAUUUCACCAGCUUAAAAAAUUAAGGAUAAUGUGUUUAAAUGAUUUUUUUUCUCAGACAUUUUGAAUUGAUAAUGAUGUUAGAAUAUAUAGUGAGUGGGGUUUUUUUUCUUGAUGAGAGAGAUAUUUUUGGUCACUUCUCAUAACAGUAAAGGGUAUUUUCUUCCUGUAAGUUUAUACUAAACAUUUCAGUUUGCAUUUGAUUUAAGAAAAAAGAAUGAAAAGCAAGUUUUCUCGACUGCAAAAUUGUUGGUGUUUUACUGAUGGAAUAACUAUUGCUAUUCCCAGAGUUUAUAAUAUUUGAACAGAAAUUUAAGAUAGGAUUUAUAUUUUCUCAUCAAAGAUCUUUAACUUAUGCAUAAUAAUGUUCAAUUCUAUGGAGUUUUUAUGUUUUACAAGAAUAUUUUAUUCCUAUCAUUAGAUGACACAUAGUAGUGAAACUCUUGUAUACUAUACUUAUUUAAUGGCAUGCUUUACAAAUAUGUGUUUUAUAUAUGGAUGUCACAUAAUUAUGAGUCAGUGGAUUAAACAUUCUUCAGAUAUUUAAUUUUUUUAAUAAAUGAUCUGGUCACAAUUCCUCAGAGGAGUUAGUGUCUUUACUCAUCUUUCUUUUCUAAAUGGCAAUGACAUAAUCCUUGGUUCAUAUCAUUAAUUCAAUAUUAGUUCUUAUCUGUGAUUUUGUUAUCUACAGAGAUGAUUAAUUAUGUUAUAUUUUUCAGAUUUUUAAAAUCUUAUUUUUUUUUUCCUGUGAUUGAUAAGCUUUGUUCAGAAUAUUUUAUAUAGUUUUUCUUUUGUACGUAUGACAAUUCAUUCCAUUAAAAAGUGUUUUAUGAAAGUUUAAUGUUAACAGCAAUCGCACUGCUUGCCCAAUACAAGUCUCUUCUAGAAUGUUAGUGAUUGAAUUAAUUAUGAAUUAAUUAAUAUGUUGAUUAUUUAUUUAUUGGUGUUAACAUGUUCACGUGAGAGUUAUGCUGAAAUUUUACCUCAAGAAAAUCAUGGAGAAACACUCUAUAUAUUAUUUUUACUGGUGAUAUAUGUCAAUUACAGAGUUGUAGUGUGUAUAUAAUAAUAUACAUUUAUUGACUGGGUUCGAGAGCAUCAUGCAUUUUGUCGGACCCAAGAACCAAACUGUUUGCCUGAGACUGUUAGGCCGAAGGCAAACAGUUUUGUUCGAGGGGUCGACAAAACACAUUUUGCCCGAGAACACAGUCAAUAAAUGUUUUGUUAUACCUUUUACUUUUUAUUUUGACAUAACAUGAUGUAAAUUUUGUUUACCCGCACUGUGGUUUAAACUUGGUCAAUUCCGUAAAGUUCUGUUGAACUCUAACGAAUGCAAAUGAGAUACAGCUGACCACGCCCACACUGUGACGUAAGCGGUCCAACAUCUCAUCCACAGGUCCAAUAUCUCGCUCUGCUUUAAAACAUCAAUUUUUUUAUGACCGCUCAGUAAAACAUUGGAAAUGUUAGACUUUUUUAUAGUGUAGAAUUAUAUAGGAAACAAUUUUUAAAGGUUUAACAAUCAUUAUUAUUUUUAUACUUUAUUUGUCAUGAUUUUUAGAACUUUUUUCUUUCUGUAUUUAUUUCUUUUUGUUUGACAUUUAGACGAUCAAACUUAUU